ACCAGAUGGAACUAGUUUUGCAGAGAAAGAGGCGCAAAGCGCAGCGCACACGCACACACACACUCACAGUGCGCUGAAGGAGAACUUCAGUAGUAAAGAUAAUAAAGAGCCGCAGCCGCACCAAUAAGAAUAAGAAGAAGUGAAGAAAAAGAAAGAAACGAGGUCGUCCAAGAUGCGAGGUGUAUACUCACUUGUCAUCAUUCUGCUGCUGGCUCUGGUGAUGGUUUCUUCAGAAGCAGCCAAACCGAAGAAAGAGAAGACAGAAAAGGGUAAAGGUGCCAAGGGCGGCAGCACAGAGUGCAUGGACUGGCAGUACGGGAAGUGCGUGCCCAGCAACGGGGACUGCGGUGUUGGCAUCCGGGAAGCCACAUGCAGUGGCCAGGUCAAGAAGCUCAAGUGCAAAGUGCCCUGCAACUGGAAGAAGGACAUUGGCCCCGACUGCAAGUACAAAUUUGGAAACUGGGGAGAGUGUGACACUGCCACUGGGACCAUGAACCGCUCUGGGACCCUGAAGAAAGCCCUGUACAAUGCAGAGUGCCAGACCACUGUGAAGGUGUCCAAACCCUGCGCGCCAAAGAUCAAGAGCAAGACAAAGGCCAAAGGCAAGAGGGGGAAGGGAAGAGAGAACUGAAGAAGGGAAUCCGAGGGCUGCGAGUGUCACCACUGAUGUAACACUGCACUUUCAUAUUUACUCCACCCUGAAGCACCACAGUUUUUCAGACCCCUCCACACCCCAAGCACACACUUAUAUUAUGGUAUCCUGGAAGCUGAAACCCAGAAAUCCUACUCCAAUUUUUAAAAACAU